UCCAGGUGUUUAAAUAUUGCCUUUUGUUGACAUUGCCAAAAUGACCAAGUUAGGAUUUCUUCGUUUGUCCUAUGAAAAACAAGACACCCUCCUCAAGCUCCUCAUUCUGUCAAUGGCUGCUGUGCUAUCUUUCUCUACCAGACUGUUCUCUGUCCUAAGAUUUGAGAGUGUCAUUCAUGAAUUUGAUCCGUAUUUUAAUUACCGCACAACUCGCUUCCUGGCAGAAGAGGGUUUCUAUAAAUUCCACAACUGGUUUGAUGACCGAGCAUGGUACCCCCUGGGGAGGAUCAUCGGUGGAACUAUCUACCCAGGCUUAAUGAUCACAUCUGCAGCAAUUUACCACGUUCUACACUUCUUCCAUAUUACAAUUGACAUCCGAAAUGUUUGUGUGUUCCUGGCUCCCCUUUUUUCCUCUUUCACCACCAUCGUAACCUAUCAUCUUACCAAAGAACUUAAGGAUGCUGGGGCAGGUCUCUUAGCUGCUGCAAUGAUUGCUGUGGUUCCAGGAUAUAUCUCUCGGUCUGUUGCUGGGUCCUAUGACAAUGAAGGUAUUGCCAUAUUCUGUAUGCUUCUGACUUACUACAUGUGGAUCAAAGCAGUGAAGACAGGCUCCAUUUAUUGGGCAGCCAUGUGCGCUCUUGCCUAUUUCUACAUGGUCUCUUCGUGGGGUGGCUAUGUGUUUUUGAUUAACCUCAUCCCUCUCCACGUCCUGGUGCUGAUGCUGACUGGUCGGUUCUCCCAUCGGAUAUAUGUGGCUUACUGCACAGUAUAUUGUUUAGGAACUAUCUUAUCAAUGCAGAUCUCUUUUGUUGGCUUCCAGCCUGUCCUAUCUUCUGAACACAUGGCUGCGCUGGGUGUCUUUGGCUUGUGUCAGAUCCAUGCCUUUGUGGAUUACCUGCGCAGCAAGCUCAACCCUCAGCAGUUUGAGAUUCUCUUCAGGAGUGUGAUCUCCCUGGUUGGGUUUGUCCUUCUAACGAUAGGAGCUGUGCUGAUGCUGACAGGAAAAAUUUCUCCAUGGACUGGCCGCUUCUACUCGCUGCUGGAUCCUUCCUAUGCAAAGAACAAUAUCCCCAUCAUUGCUUCAGUCUCUGAGCACCAGCCUACCACAUGGUCCUCUUACUACUUUGACCUGCAGCUUCUCGUUUUCAUGUUCCCAGUUGGUCUGUAUUACUGUUUCAGUAACCUGUCUGAUGCCCGCAUUUUUAUCAUCAUGUAUGGUGUGACCAGCAUGUACUUUUCUGCAGUGAUGGUUCGUCUGAUGCUGGUACUGGCUCCAGUAAUGUGCAUUCUGUCUGGCAUUGGAGUCUCCCAAGUGCUGACCACUUACAUGAAGAACCUGGAUAUCAGCCGACCAGAUAAGAAAACAAAAAAGCAGCAGGAUUCUACUUAUCCCAUCAAAAAUGAAGUGGCCAGCGGCAUGAUCCUCGUCAUGGCUUUCUUCUUGAUCACCUACACUUUCCAUUCAACUUGGGUGACCAGCGAAGCCUACUCUUCCCCCUCCAUAGUACUGUCUGCUCGUGGUGGUGAUGGUAGCAGAAUCAUCUUUGAUGACUUCAGGGAGGCUUAUUACUGGCUUCGUCACAAUACCCCAGAGGAUGCAAAAGUUAUGUCUUGGUGGGAUUAUGGAUAUCAAAUAACGGCCAUGGCAAACAGAACCAUUCUUGUGGACAACAACACUUGGAAUAAUACUCACAUUUCCCGAGUUGGUCAGGCCAUGGCAUCCACAGAAGAGCGAGCGUAUGAGAUUAUGAGGGAGCUAGAUGUCAGUUAUGUGCUGGUAAUAUUUGGAGGCCUCACUGGAUAUUCAUCAGAUGAUAUCAACAAAUUUCUGUGGAUGGUGCGAAUUGGUGGGAGCACGGACACUGGCAAGCACAUAAAGGAGCAUGAUUACUACACACCAACAGGAGAGUUCCGUGUGGAUAGGGAAGGUUCUCCUGUGCUACUCAAUUGCCUUAUGUACAAAAUGUGCUACUACCGCUUCGGACAGGUCUACACAGAAGCGAAACGUCCUCCAGGCUAUGACCGAGUAAGAAAUGCUGAGAUUGGUAACAAAGACUUUGAGCUCGAUGUACUGGAAGAGGCAUACACCACAGAACAUUGGCUGGUCCGAAUAUACAAGGUAAAGGACUUGGAUAAUCGAGGAUUGUCAAGAACGUAAUUUGCUUUCUGCUGUACCAGAACGAGCACUGACCGAGCCUUUGCCUGUGAAGCAGAAGGGUUUUUUUUAAAUACUGUUUGCCAGUAAGGAG